UCAUAGAAAAUAAAAUUAAAUAGAUUUGGGUCAUAAUAAUCCAUUCUAUAGAAUUGAAUUCAAACCAUGUGAAAUAUGUGUAUAAAUAUUAUUAUCCAUUAUACAAAGUAUACCAACAUCAGUUUUCAAUCUUCAUUGUUUUUUCUCUCUUAAACAUUAAGGUUCAUGAAAGAAAUUGUAGAAGAUGUUUUUACCAAUUUGCCAGAUGAAAUUCUUGGCUGCAUAAUAUCUUUUCUACCAAAUGAAUAUUCACUUCAAACCACUCUCAUAUCUACUAGAUGGAGAAACUUAUGGAACCAAAUUCUUGUUAAACAUGGAACCAUACAAGAUAUCACUACUGCUGUUGCUCAUUUUCUAACCGAUUUUGACGAGUUUGAUCCAUUAAAGCGACCGCGCAAGCUUCAAUUUCACUUUGAUGAUGACAGUACACUCUUUGCAACUAUUGCGACUAAUAGUAAGCUUCUUCUUGAUUUCUCUUUCGGGAACCAAAAACUUGAAAGAGAAUAUGAACUAGAGUUCAAUCUCACUAAACAACACUUCACCUAUAAUCUUUUUCCUCCUUCAACUUUCUUAGUCAAAAGCCUCACUUUGAAAUCAAUAAGCUAUUUGACAAGUGAAGUAGCUUCUUCCAUAGUUUCGAAUUUGGAGCAUCUUGAGAGCUUGAUGAUCACUGAUUGUUGUGGAUUGCAAUCUUUAUUCAUUGAGUCGGAAACAAAGCUUCAUAAGUUAACUAUCUUAGAUUGCUUGCAGUUGAAGUCUCUUCAUCUUAGAACUUCUAAACUUAAAUGUUUUCGAUACCGCGGACCUCUUCCUCGGAUUUGGCCCGAAUCUCAUUUCAACUUAAGUCAUGCCAACCUUGACUUCAGACAAGGCCUAAGCUGCAGUGACUUGAAGGCUCAAGAUUUUGAUGAAACACUAUUAACUAUAAAGAAUUCUGAAAUUCUUACUUUAUGUCAAUGGACUUUUGAGGUACUAAUAUGGCCAUCAAUUUCUCCUUUAAGUGGAAAUUUUAUAUUUUAUAGAUUAAAAGAGCUAUGGUGGAUUGAAAACCAUGAAAAUAAAAACAGCAUCAGUGCCUUAGUUUCCUUCUUGAAAUUAUGUCCUGCUUUGGAGAGACUUUUUAUAAUGAUUGAUUCAAAAAGCUAUUCAGCUCCAAAGUCCAAUUCAGGCUUAAUGGAAGCAAUUAAAUAUAUAGAAUUGGAGCAACUAAAAUUGGUAAAGUUUAUGGGAUUCACAAAUCCAAUGGAUGAAAUUUCAAUGGCAAAACAAUUAAUUCAGCCUCCAAAAAUAGAAACAUGAUCAGGUGGGAGCUGUUUGGAUGUAAUGAUUAUAUAGUGAUUCUUUCAAGAAUGAAUGAUAUAAUGAUGUGAUUUUGAAGUAUUCAAAGGGAAAAGCAUGUCUUAUAAUCUUUUGAAUAGGCUAGCACACUAUCUUAACACUUUUUUGUGGGUUUAUAAAUUUGAUUUGAUUAUAUGAAUUUUUACUAAUAAAAGAUAGAGAAAUGAUAUUGGUACACCAAACAUGACAACCAACACCGUAUUUUGAUACGGUUUCCUUUUUUAAUAUAUUUAAAUAAUUAUUUUUCAUUUUUUCAGAAAAAGGUUAACACAUGCACAUGUUGUAUUUAGAAUGGUGUAGCCAUACGGUGUACAAUUUAAGGUGUAAGAAUAGCAACUCUCUAAAAGAUAGUGUUAAAAAAUAUAAGUUAAAUUUGAAGGAUGCUUAAACAUCUUGCACCUUCAAAUUCUAUCAUAAUUAAAUUCGAAGGAAUAAGACUAAGCUUAUGUUAGGAUAAUGUCAAAAUUACGGUAGAAAUUCACGAUAGCCCAAACGCUAUUCUUACCUGCUUCUAAAAUCACUGUGAAAUAGCAAAAAAACAUGCGGCAGCAAUUCAAUGCGGAAACAAACACGCAAAAUAUA